AUCAUGACGAAAGGCAAAGACUACGUCAUUGAAGAUGGCGACAUCUUAUUGAUUAAGGCCGGUGCAGCCAAGGGAUAAGCGAAUAGCGCCCGAUUCAGAUUUCUAAAUCUCGGUGUGAUGCUUUCGUCUUAAUAAUUACGAUAGGCAAUUGAUUAAGAAUUCUGAAAUCAGCAUGUUCCGUCUCAAGCCAAAUGUGAUGUCGAUUCAUGUCGGUGUACGCUUACGCAGUCGCAGUCCGUGGUAAAGUUGAUGUGGGAUAUCGUGUUGCAAUUGUAUCUCACUACGACGUUGGGCGUUAGGUCAAAUGCAGACGAAGUAAGCUAUUGCUGGAAUUCUCUUUACUUUCAGACAAAGCAAUCACUGCCACAUUCCCUAGUUCGUUGAAAGCGGGAUGUCAUAAUGCCUAUUGUCUCAAACAAAGACAUCUGGAACCAUGAGGAGGACCAUACCGCCAUAUUCCGGAAACAAAUGAAACUGCGCUCAAAGACUAUCAUCCAGUACGGGGGUCACCCGCUGCCAGAGUCCAAGAUCUUGCUUCUUCUUCUUCUUCUCACCUCCUAUAAGAUUGGGUCGUAAAAUGGGAGUUUCCCAGCUAAUGUCAUCUUCUUGAUCUCAACCAUGGCACCAACUAAACGACCCGGCGGGCAAUCAAAAGCCCCCGCAAAGUCCUCCAAGCGGCCUCGUCUUACUGCCUCGGAAACCGCGACCAAGACCACAAAGAAAAAGCCAGCCAAAAUCAGCUACCCAGUCGCUGCGAAUAAACUCCCCGGACAACCGGUCUACUCGCCCAACGUCGACACCAGCGACGUCGACGAAGAACACUAUAAACCCCGUGUGCUGAAGAAGCGCGGUGCUGCCGCGCGGCUGGAUGGCAAGAAGAAAGGGGCGGACAACGACGACGGCUUCCUCUCUGCGAUGAGAGCUCUCCCCGUGCGCAGGACGGCGCGUGAGUUGCGCGCGGGGAGACGCCACGCCGAGCAACAAGAUGAACUUUUCACAGACGAGGUGCCGGGGACCAAAGCCCCGCGUGUCGCGGCGGGCGGCGGGGAUGGCGAUGGUGAUCCGACCCUGGACGCCGAGGGCGAGGACGAGGAGCCAGUCACGAGCGCGAAGGCCGACGAUAUCCAGGGAUUCCUGCGCGAGAUAAAUUCCGGCCUAGUCGGGGACGCCAGAAGCGACUCCGUCGCGCGAAAUCCCUUUGCAAGCGGUGCCGUGGAUGGCGGCGAUGAAAGUUCUAACAAAACCCGGAUUAUCACGGACGCGGCUCCCGUGACCAUGCCACGCUCCUUCCAGCCCGUCCACGGCGUACAAUUCGGGGCCGCGGCGCGAUACCUCGAGUCCAUGAAGAGCAAGGGGCUGAGCACAGGCGACCAUCCCGUGACCACGCCGAGUCCUUUCCAGCCCGCUCACGGCGCACACCUCGGGACGGCAGCGCGGUACCUCGAGUUCAUGAAGAACCAGGGGCAGCCGCAGUACACACCUCCCUCACCAUCGUCAUCGUCAUCCUCAUCCUCUUCUUCCUCGGAAGAAGAAGACGACAACGACAACGACAAUAUCAACGAGAUACUCCCAUCUGCAGCUUCAGCACAACAGGUAUGGACAUUCGAAGUCCCGGGAUUAUACGAUUACUCCGACCUACUAAAUCCCCACCACGACGACGAUCUAGGCGCGGUUGACGAACAAUUGCCUGGCGAUGAUAAUAACGGCCAGAAGGGAGUCGUAGCAGAAGAGGAAAAACAAGAACAAGAGAACGAGGGCUGGCUAGUCUACCCGCACAGCAACGUAAUAGACAGCUAUCUCAGCACGCACCUGCGCACGAUCGCCACGACGCUAAAUUUCAUGGCGCGCGCGGCAGCCGCAGGGAUCCGCAUCGACGACUACGACGCCCUCGCCGCCGCGGGACCCGAGCAAUGGAGCCGACUCGCGCCUUCGCCCGAGUGCGCCGCGGAGGUCAUCGCGGGUAGAUUACUAAAUAUGUCCGUGUCGGAUAUCUGCGUUCUGUCCCUGCAUGCGCGCGCGCUGCAGGAGGAGUUGGCGCACUUGGGGGUCGAGAUCGAGUAAGUGAUGAAAGGAUGGCGAUAUUGGUUCUGCGUUGCACAAGUACAAAUGGUAUUACAUUACAUGAAUGAAGUUGUGCUUUGAUUCGUUGAUUUCUCGGGGAUAACUAGGAAAAUAGUAAUAUAUCAUUUCAAGCCGAUCAGUUAGUUUAUACGAUUAACUGCCACCAUCGCACGUGUUGGGCUGGCAGAGUCCCUUGUUCCUGAUUGUUUAGCCGAGAGGGUGUAUCAUGGGCUGGAU